GAGGCUAUCGACAAAUCUUUCAAGCAGAGCGAAUCUCCUGAGUUCACUGGUAAAGCAGUCGUGGCUCUAGCGUCUGAUAAAAAAGUCAUCAAGAAAUCUGGGAAAAUCCUCAUGAAUUACGACCUAGCCUGUGAAUAUGGUUUCAAAGAUCUCGAUGGUGAGUAA